CUUUGAGAAAAAAGCAAGAAAUAAUAAAAACUAGAACAAAUUUAAUAUGGGUCAAAAGGAGAUCAAAUGAUCAAGUAUGUCAUGCUACUUAUUUACAACUGCUAUUACCACAUUUACAAGACUGUCUGACAGCAAGGCUAUUCACAACCUUUAACUUGGUCAGAGGGGAUUCACCAGAGGCUUAAUCCAUGCAGGGACCCUGUAAAUAGGUUUUGGGUUCCCAUUGUCAUCCAGAGCUUUCUACAAAUUGGGAAUUUACCAGUUAAGCUCUGGUACCAGGGGGAGACUUUUUAAAAUGAAUCUGUCACUGAAACUUUGACCCAGUAGCUCCUGUGAGGGCAGUCUCCAGGCCCGCACUUGAUGGGUCAGAGGGAUGUUGCAGAUCUUGGAUGAUGGCGUUCCCAUGGAUAGCUCAGACAAAUCCAGACCAUUUGUAAUGAUGAUAACUAGAGAAGUGGGCGCUGAGAAGGGAUGGGAGGCCUUAGAAGUGCUGUUGUUGCCUCCCCCCCUCCCCAGUGCUUUGGAGAAGUGCUGCGAGGGAGGUGGAGCUGGGCGAGCACAAUCAGGGCCACUGUAAACUGGGCCGUGAUUUCAGGGAAUCCCCUUCUGCCCAGAAAAUAUGUGCCAAGAUAGGAGAGACUGGACAUGUUUGAAAGUCCCCAAACAAACUGCAUCUAUUGUCAGGCUGGGACCCAAAUAGUGAAAUUGAACCCAAGGGCCUGCAUGUAGAGAAAGCGAUUUCAAGAUGGAGCGAGCUCGCAGGGCAAUGUCUGCCUUACCCUUUCCUCUCUCCUUUGUGGACCUGCAGGUGGUCCUGGUGACCGAGAUGACAUCUCUAAAGGUCGUGGGUCCCCUCUUGGUCCUGCUGUGCCCCCUAGGGGAGCAACUUGUAAAGGGCCAGAACCUGUCCCGGAAGGAGUUCAUGAACCAGCACUACCUGAAGACAACUUUGGAAUUCAGCCAGUACAAAUGCGAUGUCCUCAUGCAGGAAAGAGAGCCCCUGAGAGGCAAGGACGCCCACGUCUUCCUCUAUGCCCCAUGGCACCAAAUUGAGUAUAUUUGUCUCAAGACUUGGACAACAAGGUACAGAAACAUGUAUGUGUGGGCCCAUCAACCUUUCAGGAUACUGGAGUGUAAACGGCAGCCUUUCCAAUCGAGCUACAAAGAGAAUAGGAGCUACAGUCAUGUUGAGUUCCACUGUAGCACGAAGGGUUAUGUUGAUAGUAUAGAGGACGUGCGAGUGCUGCAGUUUAUCGAUAUCUAGAGAGUUGACCCUGUGUCUAGGCUUUAGGAAAUUAAUCCACGCCCAAGUGGGGGGCCCUGCCUAUACCAAUCCUCACCCCUCUCCGCUUCAUACGCCAGCGUUUGCAAACGACUUAGAUGUAUGCGUCUCACUGUUUCCUGGUACUGCAGCUCCACCUAAACUGGUUCUCUGCCUGAAAUGCCAACUGUCCUGAUGGGCCUGAUUUGCUUCUACAUUAAUUUUUUGAGAUUCAACUUACCUGCAUCUCUUCCGGACUCACCGGGGACUCUUCCUAAUAGGGAACCUUCUCAUGCCACCCAAGUUGCACAAUCUUUCCUUCCCCAAAUAAAUGAUAUCAUUACAGCA